UGCAGCGGCAGUUGCCGCGAGCUCUGUAGCCCGAUCACCAACUUGACCAGCUGCUUCAGCCGCCGCCUCGUGAGCACCUUGAGGUUUCUGUGGCUCUCCACCAUCGUCACCUUGAUGUUUGCAGUGGCUGCUUUGUCUUCGAUCUCCUCAGUGUUUCAAAAGAUACUAUCAUGGUCAAUUAUGCCACUACUAUUUUCGAUGGAUGGAUUGAAACAUAGUGGUGCCUAUGGAAACACCCACAUCAUAGUGGUGGAUGCAGGAGGAGGAGGCGUUGGAGUCGGAGCUAGCGAGGUGGGGCACGUCAGGGCCGACAUAGACAAAGGAGCACCCAAGUCCCUCGUCAACAAGUUCCGACACCACAACGAUCGCAACGGCAGCGGUGUCGACGGGGCGAUCAUCGCCGUAAAAGCAAUUGCCCCAUCACCGUUGAAAUUAUUUUUUUGCUCAUCGGUUUCAUAUCAAUCCAACACAUGAUGUCACUUGCUAUGUAUUCUGUUAGGACAGCCGACAGUGUUAGGGAAAAUAAGAUGAAUUUUUUCACUUUCAUAACCAUGGGGAUCCCAAUAUAAAUUUUGAAAGUUCAGGGUUUACGAUGCUAAAUGGUCCAAAUACAUAAGGUAAUAUGUAAUUAGCCCAUGAUUAUGAUAUUACUAAGUUAAUUUGAGAUUUAUCAUCGGUUAAUUUGAAAGUUAUCAAUUUAGCUAGUCUUUUAUCGCGUUGGUUAAGUCCAGGUACUGGCAACCCUUUUAUGUUUAUAUUGCCACACAAAUGCUUGUCAUUGUUAUAUCAUGGCUGGUCGUUGCGAAUGAUCUGUACCAGAUGGCAGAUGACUGGUAUGCAGGCCAUAUCUGGGCUGUCUUAUUUCUGUAUCCCACAUCAAUUAAGAUUUGGUACGUCAUGUCCAUCAUGAUUUUACCAGCUAAAAUAUUAUUUCCUGCAAAAUAAGAUAACACACACAUCUGCACAGAUGAAGGCAAUGAUAUCAGGAAUCCACUUUUCUAGUGAAAAUUUUUCUCAUGAGUCAUGGUAACACAGAUGUUAUAAAUGUGAGUUUUGUACUUUUGAAGCGACUCUUUCAAUUUAUAGGUUAGUAAUGAAGUGAACAUUCACUCUAUGAAUUUGUAUUUUGCAGGCUGGAUACUACUGUUCAGUCUGCGAAUGAGUUGUAAAAGACUGCCAAUUACCAGGACCACAUCAAUGGGAAGAAGCGUGGGUGUCCCAUGCAAUUUUUGUUUUUACAAUUGUUGGACGAGUUGUUUCUUGUUCAAGAACGAUUUGAAAUGCUUAAGAAGCGAAAAGCUCCGGAGAGCUUUUCUGAGCAAGAUUUGGAUGAGAGGCUAAGAAAACAGCAGGAAGAGGAGGAGGAGUGUCUGGGUCGUGAAAGAAAGAAGGAGAAGAAGAAAGAGAAGGCUGCACAAGAAGAAACAGAGGAUGUCGACCCCGAUGUGGCGGCUAUGAUGGGAUUUGGAGGUUUCCGGUCAUCGAAGAAGUGAUAUAUGAGCAAUAGCUGCAUGGGUCUUCCAAUUUGAUGCUCUUCAAUGGCUUUAGCCCGCAUAGCCGAGACUUUCCGGUGUUUGCUUAGAUUAUUAGAGCAAUUCAGGAGAUAGGCAGGCACAAUGUUGCUGUGGGAACCUGGGUGGUGAUGAUGCUUGAGUUUAUUGAAAAGCUUAAUGGUGAAGAACAGAAUGCUCAUCUUGUUGGGUUGAACUACCAAAAGCUAAAAGUAGUUUCUGUAAGUAAUUCCCAUACAUCACUCAAUCUGAGGACUAAACAUGGAGAAAGAAACAAAAUGUGUCUUGACUACUGUUCCUGUGGAUCAUAGAUUUGAUAUGACAUCCAAUUGCAUAAUCUUGAUUUAAA